AUGCCCAAGAGAUUAAGGCAAGAUAAGCAAGAAGGGAGCGACGAAAAGCUCUUACCUCCAGCACCUACCACUGGAAAGCAAGCAAUUACGCCGACAACAAGCGACUCGGCGACAACUACAACGAGCGACGACGUCCUCGACUACGAAACUCGUCAUUCACCUAGCUCUGAUCAGACCAUUUUAGUCAGGAUCAACGAAAAAUUGAACCAGAUGGCUCAAGCUUUUAUUACGCCGUAUGCUAUUCCCGAUGUAGCUCAAUAUCCGCAUCUCCGCUUCGACGGCGAUAGCGUAUCUGGCUGGAUUGAACAGGUCACUCGUAUCUUUAAGAGAGCUCGACUCAAUAAUAUCCAAAAGAUCACUGAAGUCCCGUACUGGACUAGAAAUGAGACCUAUCAAAAAAGGGUGAAGGCCGUUGUCAAUCACCUUGACGACUGGAACGCCGCAACGAAGGCUUUGAAAAGUACCUUUGCAAUUAGAGAUCCUAGCCAACUUCGGGGUGCUUAUGAUCGCCUAAAAGACCUCGAAAAGCAGCCCCUAUUAUCCAAUCCGUUAAAGAUCUAUACGUACUGUCUUAAUCACGAGAUCCAAGUCGAAGAGACGAAGGAUACUGCACGAGUACCAAGCGACCUUGACUGCACUCGAGGCCUGUUUCAGAGGAUCCACGGUCACAGUCUCGAAGAUAUUAUAAGCAAAGGCAAGAUAACGUAUGAAGAGCUCUUCAAGAUGGAGUACCCUCAAGCCCAGAAGUUAGUACGAGGAUAGGCGAAGAAUAAGUCAGCCUGGACAACCAUACAAAGCGAGGAG